AAAAGUGAAACUUUCAUAUAUUUUAGAUUCAUUACAUGUAAAGUAAAACAUUUCAAAAGUUUUUUUGUUUUAAUUUUGAUGAUUAGAGCUCAUGAAAGAAAAAAUCCAGUAUCUCAAAAUAUUAGAAUAUUUCCUAAAAUCAAUCAAAAACAGGAUUUGCAAAACAGAAAAGUUCAAGUUCUUUAAAGUAUAUUCAUUUAUGCACUCAAUACUUGGUCGGGGCUCCUUUAGCACAAACUCCAGCAUCAGUGAGGUGUGGCAUGGAAGCGAUCAGCCUGUGGCACUGCUGAGGCACUAUUGAGCCUUUAGCUCAUCUGUAUUGUUGGAUCGACUGUUUCUCAUCUUUCUCUUGAAAAUAUCCCAUUGAUUCCAUAUGGGGUUCAGGUCAGGCAUUUUGGCUGGCCAAUCAAGCACAGUAAUAUCAUGGUCAGUUUUGGCACUGUGGGCAGGUGCUAAAGUCCUGCUGGAAAAGGAAAUCAGCAUCUCCAUAAAGCUUGUCAGCAGAUGGAAGCAUAAAGUGCUCCAAAAUCUCCUGGUAGACGGCUGCAUUGACUUUGGACUUGAUAAAACACAAUGGACCAACACCAGCAGACGUCACGGCACCCCAAAUCAUCACUGACUUCGGAAACUUCACACUGGACUUCAAGCAGCUUGGAUUCUGUGUCUCUCCAGUCUUCCUCCAGACUCCAGACCUUGAUUUCCAAAUGAAAUGCAAAAUGUAUUUUUAUCUGAAAAUAAGACUUUGGACCACUAAGCAACAGUCCAGUUCUUUUUCUCCUUAGCCCAGGUAGAGCCAGUCUGCAUGACAAAGCGUCUCUGCAGAUUGACCAGGUGCGCUCAGAAGACCAGGGCUGGUACGAGUGCAGGGUCCUCAUGCUGGAGAAACAAUAUGACACCUUCCACAAUGGCAGCUGGGUUCACCUCACAGUCAACGCGCCCCCUACGUUCACGGACACGCCACCGCAGUACGUGGAGGCGAGGGAGGGUGGCGGCAUUACUCUGACCUGCACUGCCUUCGGAAACCCCAAGCCGGUGGUCACCUGGCUGAGAGAGGGGGAUCAGCUGACCAGCAACAAGAAAUACACGGUGAGUGACGGCAGUCUGACGGUGCAGGCCAUCACGCGGGAGGACCGGGGGGCCUACAGCUGCCGUGCCCACAGUGACCAGGGGGAGGCGCUACACACCACCCGCCUUCUGGUGCAAGGUCCUCCAUACAUCGUGUCACCACCUGAGAACAUCACUGUUAACAUAUCCCAGAAUGCCCAAUUUACGUGCCAAGCAGAGGCGUAUCCUGGCAACCUGACCUAUACCUGGUACUGGGAGGAGGACAACGUCUACUUCAAGAAUGAUCUGAAGCUCCGCGUUCGCAUCUUUAUUGACGGAACCCUCAUUAUCUACAGAGUGAAGCCAGAGGAUGCUGGGAAAUACACCUGCAGCCCAAGUAACAGCCUGGGCAUCUCCCCCUCUUCUUCAGCUUACCUGACCGUGCAAUACCCUGCCCGUGUUGUUAACAUGCCACCUGUCAUCUACGUCCCAAGAAAGUUGCCAGGAAUUAUUCGCUGCCCAGUGGAUGCCAACCCUCCAGUUACGUCAGUCCGAUGGGAGAAAGAUGGCUACCCCCUCAGAAUCGAGAAGUAUCCUGGAUGGAGCCAGAUGGCAGACGGAAGCAUUCGGGUGGCAGAGGUUACUGAAGACUCCCUUGGCACCUACACCUGUGUGCCUUACAAUGUCCUAGGUACCAUGGGACAGUCCCCCCCGGCCACUCUGGUGCUAAAGGACCCCCCUUACUUCAAUGUGAGGCCCGGGGGGGAGUACCGUCAGGAGGCGGGUAGAGAGCUGGUCAUCCCCUGCGCUGCUUCUGGAGACCCUGAGAUUCCAACCAUCGUAUGGAGAAAGGUUGGGAAGCCCAGCAGAAGCAAACAUAACAUCUUAACAAGUGGUAGCUUGCAAUUUGUGUCUCUGAGCAAAGAGGAUCAUGGGGAGUGGGAAUGUGUUGCCACCAACGUAGUAACAAGCAUCACUGCCAGCACACGCCUUUUUGUAAUAGGCACUAGUCCACAUGCGCCAACUAAUGUCCACGUGUCAGCAUCCACAAGCUCUGCUAAUGUUUCCUGGGAACCUGGAUAUGACGGAGGCUUUGAACAGACGUUCUCGGUCUGGUACGGCCCGGUAAAGGUGAAGAAUGAUUUAGGGCCACAUGACUGGCUGUCCAUACCUGUGCCCGGCUCUCAGACGUGGUUGGUGGUCCAGGGGUUGGAGCCAAAGACUGCCUAUCAAUUUAGUGUGCUGGCCCAGAACAAGCUGGGCACUGGCCCCUUCAGUGAGGUAGUCACUGUGACUACAGGAGGGUAUCCCAUAAGUACCCCUGAACCACUGGUGCUUCUAACUCCACCACGGUGCCUCACAGCCAACCGGACACAGCAGGGUGUAUUGCUGACAUGGCUUCCUCCAGCCAAUCACUCUUCACCAAUUGACCGUUACAUCAUCGAGUUCCGUCUGGGAGAAAGGUGGGAGGUUCUGGAUGACUUGAUUCCUGCCACUGAGACUGAGAUCAUAGCAAGAGAUCUUAUUCAGGACUCUUGGUAUGAAUUUCGAGCGCUAGCUGUAAUGGAUGAUCUUGUCAGUGAGAGCAGUAAUGUGGUGGGAGUGUCAAGUACAGACCCCUUCCCUCCCACAGAGAUCUCAGACGAGGGGCUGGCCAAGCCAGUGGUGGCCGGCAUCGUGGCCACCAUCUGUUUCUUGGCGGCUGCUAUCCUCUUCAGCACGCUUGCUGCAUGUUUUGUCAACAAGCAGCAUCGUCGCAAGCUUAAACGCAAACGAGACCCGCCACUAUCAAUUACGCACACAAGGAAAAGCAUCGAAUCUCCGCCUCCUCUUACCCCCUUGCCUGGCAUUGAGCCCUACUGGGAAGAGCCAGACAGGAGCAGCUACAGGCCCCCAUCCACCAGCCCUCAGCUGUCCUCUGGGAAGAUCAGUCCUGAGAGCAUCGAUUCCUCCCGGCCCCCAUCUCUGGCCAGCGUGGGUGGCCAUGGUCUUUACGUUAAGAAGUUGCCAAGCCCUAGGAAAGAGAAAGAGCUUUCCCUCUAUAAGAAAACCAAGAGAGCAAUAACCAGUAAGAAGUACAGCGUGUCCAAGCACGAGGCUGAGGUCACCACGCCCAUCGAGCUGAUCAGCCGUGGACCUGAUGGCCGAUUCGUCAUGGACCCCAGUGACAUCGACACAUCCCUCAAGCCACGACGCAUUGAGGGUUUUCCUUUUGUGGAGGAAUCAGACUUGUAUCCUGAGUUCCGCCAAUCAGAUGAGGAGAAUGAUGACCCAGGGCCCCUACCCCCAGUCAUGGCCACCCUCAGGCCCCAGAUAUCCCCUGUGUCCUCCAGCCAGGAGUCCUACAUGCAGCCCCCAGCCUACAGCCCCCGGUUCCAGAGGCCUAUGGAAGGUAUGAGCAUCUCGGAGGGUAGUCGGCUUCAGGCCACAGGGCAGAGCCGGGUCUCCCAUUUUCACAGGGUCUUCCCUCCAGGCCCCUUCUAUGGCUAUCUAGGUAGUGGUGCUGAGGUGGAGCUUCACCCUCCUUUUUACAUGCCUGAUGUUAGUCCACGUAGCUCUGCCAUGUCCUCCUCACCUUCAUACCCCCCUGAGGGGCCGUUCCGCCAUCCCACCAUCCCAGAGGAGAGGGAGGAGCUGAGGAUCCAUCAGUAUGGCGCCUCCGGCCACGCCCUCCCACUGGUGCAUAGCCCUCCCUCCUCUCGCUCAACCGAGAUCUGGCAGCCUCCUGACUUCCCCUUUCUAGGUCAGGAGGGUCCCCGUCUCGCUCUUCCACCACGUCAUUCCUCAUAUCUCCACCGGGACCUCCCCGAGCCCCCGCCAUACCCCUCCCAUAGUCGUACUCUUAGCACCACCUCUCAGCUCCCUUCAAGCUCUGCUUUCCUCCAGCUGGAGGCCCCUAGAGCCCACCUGAGCAGAUCUCCCGGCAGGUUUCCGCCUCAGGGCCCUUCAGCCAAGCAUAUAACUAUGCAACAGGCCCAGACUCUGGGGCAGUUGAGACACACUGCCCACGGUAUGGGCGUACCAGUGUUGCCUUACUCAGGCGCCACGGCCCGCAUGGGGAGCCCAAGCACACUGCACAGUGAGAGCUCGGAUGGCUGGAGGUCUGAGGCCCAGCCUUGGCUGAGCCCCAGGGCGGCACGAAGGAUGGAUCUCGGCCUGCAGCAGGUGGUCCUGCAGCCGUCACGACUCUCCCCUCUCACCCAGACCCCUCCCAGCUCACACGCCGGCUCUCCAGACAUUCUCGUCCGCCCUCCUCCCCGACCCAGCAUCCUGCGGUCUUCCCGCUCUCAAGAGAUGCCCGAGAGCGCCCGCCACCCCGCCAGUGUCUCCUUCUCCCGAAGGUCUCUCUCCUCUUCCCCUGCCACUUCACCUACCCAAAGCCAGAGCGGCCAGCGGCCCAGCCUCAGCUACCGUGCCCACAUGGCCUUUGCCACAGCCGCGGCCAGCUACCCCUCCCAGUCCCCUUCACCCCCCGCGGAGAGCAGUGAUGCUUUCGGCCAGAUGCCAUCUCAGAGAAGGACAGAUGAGGAGAUGCUCCCCUCAGAACCCUCUCCAGGGGAGCAUCUAGGUGCAGUGAGAGUCCCUGCAGGGUCUGAGAGCUUUGAAGCACUGAUUUAUUAUUGUAUUAAUAAAGCCAAGAAACCAACAGCCAACAAGAACAACAACUCCAGAUUCAAGAAAAGGACAGAUGUGUCCACCUCUCAGACCCAGCAGCCGCAUGCAUCUCAGGCCUCUGAGCAAAGAGAACAUCUCAGCUCUCCCUCAAAGAAAAAGUGGAAAAGUACACUUAGAAAGUCCCCCUGUCUUCAUCUGUCCUCUCUGCUCCGCUGGCUUCACCCCAGAGAAGACAGAAAAUCCCUCCUGGCCAGUAUGGACCCUGCCCCCUCAAACUAUGGUUCUCUGCUCUGAGAGUCACCCCUCCCCCCCAAAACUCACUAAAACUUAUCCUGUGGGGCGGAUCGUCUCCUUGUCCAUUAGCAAAAAUGUACAAUGGACAAGCUCUCAGUACUGUUUUGUAAUCAGUCUAAACUAGAUACGAUUUAUGUUCUUCGGUUGGCACAAUAUACUACACAUAUCUGUAUUUUCUGUAAAUUUACACAAAGGAAAAACGUACAGGGGUGCUCUUUUGGAAGAAACAGAAAAGGACAGGACAAAAUCUUUUCAUUUGAUAAUAAAAAGAAAAUAAUAGCAUUUCAUUACAUGCUAGGAAAAAUCUUGCUGGACAUUUCGGUUUUUGUCAUAAUGUUGUCAGAACUGUGUAUAUUGUGAAGGAUAGAGUUAAAUGCUCUGUACAAAUAUGUCUCUCAAGACGUGAUACUUACUACAGGGUUUCUUUUCUUCCUUCUGCAAAAUAUACCUCAAAAAAGAGAAUAGAAAAAAAAAAGAAAAGGAAUAAAUGAUCUGGAACAUAUUUCAGCACUUCUACCAUAUUUUGUGCAAGCUAGCAUAUUUCAUUUUGGAUGACGUAUGUUGUCUGUUUGUGGCAAAGCUUUGACAGCAUUACAGAAAAUGAGGGAUUAAUGUAAGCCCAGAAAUUACAAUGUAUUUAUUUAUAAAAUUCUAAACAUGAAAUAUAAAGCACAGAAUAUCACAGAAAUUGUAAGCUUGAAAAGAAUGACUGCAGUACUAGACUGGUCCUGCGACAAUGUUUAAUAAGUUACUCGGAUUUUUAAAAUUCCAUGCAAAGGCAGGUGGAAUUGAAAACAUGCUUUCUUAUUUAGUUACUUUUUAAAUAAUUGACAUUAUAUUUGACAAACACCAUUGGACAGCUUUAAGGCAUUUUCUUAAUCAGUGGUUGGAGGAAGAUUAAUAUUAGCCCCCUGCUGAAAAAAAGAUUCAGGUUCACAUUCAAUUUUAGAAAUAUCCUUUUUGACAUGUUCAGAUGGCAUAAGUGCAAAUGUAAUAUUUAAACUGAAGUAGAAUUACUUGGUCCUUGUCUUGCACAAAUGUAGUUAGAAGUGGUGAAAUGCAUUAUUAAUCUUUUCAUCACUUCCUUGAAGUAAAUAAUUUGUUAUAUGUUUGCUUUGGACAUACAAUACACCAAGGAAGUACAGUAGAUAUUGUGCAGACUAAUGAAGUCAUCAGUAUAACAUAGAAAAGUGAAAUAGUCCUUAUUCUAAUCAGUCGGGAAAAAAAAAAAAAAGAAGAAGAUUAAACUCUUCUUGGUUACUUUCUACCUACAAAAGUGGAC